AAUAGCCUGGGACGUUUCUGUACAGAUCAAAUAAGUCUUUCCAGUCACCUUUAUCUAAAUUUAUUAAUUAUUGGAACAAUUUGGCUCCAACUGACAGUCUGUGCCAUGUAUUUAGACUAUAACUGUAUUUACAUAGCUCAGUGACUACAGCUGUGUGAUAUUAGUUGUAAAAGGUGGGAAAUGUAGUCGUAAUUCAUUUAUUACUGGAUCAUUGGGAAAUUAUUUCCAGUUUUUGUUGGUUAGUUUUCUCCAGUUCUAGUUUUUUUUCUUUCGACAGACGGCUUCAUGGUGCAGGGGGAAGCGUUAGUCAGAAUACGGGUGGGUUAUUUUGAAGUCAAACAAGACUAAAUUCUUAUUGUUGAAAAUCUGGCAACCUUGUGUAAACUUACUGUCCUUUUUUUGGGUUAGAGAAAUGCAUUUUACGUGUUUUUCGGGUGUGCAGAGGAAAUGAGGUGUUGCUGCUGGAGGCGCUCCAGGCUUUUGAGGAUUAAUGGAGGACUUCAAGUGGGACCCCAAGGGUCACAGUGGAUCCGGGUCCGAUCCCAGGAAUACUGGGCAUGAGGCGGGAAUACUCCCGGAAUGGGACCCCAGUCCAUCACAGGGCACCAUACAGGGAUUCACUCACACUCAGGGGCAAUUUAGAGUCACCAGUCCACCUACUGGCAUGUUUUUGGGAGAUGGGAGGAAACCGGAGAACUCGGAGGAGACCCAAAUGGACGCGGGGAGCUGUCCUGGCGUCAUCUGGAUCGCAGAGCUCUUGAAUAGCAAGGUGGGAAAAUAUCUGAGCGACCACCCCUUCGUCACACUGGUGCUGCUUGUAUUUGGUGUAACAGCCUCAGUACCUGUUGGGCUUUUCCUGGCGUUUGCCGCUGUUACGUUCAUCACUGUUACUGCAUACUGCAUCUUUGCUGAAAUUGUGCUGCUGACGAUCGGAGGAGUCAUCUUGCUCUGUGUUCUCUGCUGUCUUGCCGUGGUGGCCUUCUGGAUCUCCUGUGUGCUAAGCGUCCUGUACAUCAUUGGCUCACAUGUCCUCAAUUACUCUGUUAUUCCCAGCGUACCUGAAAGGACAAUCUCUGCAGGAGACAUGGAGAAAGAAAAAGACCUAAAUGACUGAGUCUAGGCAUAUACAGUCUAGGCAUUUAUGUUGCACACCCCCAUCUACAUCAACAUCUUUUGACCAGCAAGAUUGCAAUGGCAAAAUAUAUAUUUGUUACAUGUUUUAUAAUAUAAACAAUGAUUUUAUAAAUAUAUUUUAUAUUUUUAAUCUCUGAAACAUGUGCAAUAUCUCAUGUUAAAUGUUACACGUUGGCACAUUAUUCCAGGUCAGCAUUAUAUACCAGUGUUAACUGGUGUUUCAGAGCCCCUAAGACAACAACUGACAUUCUGUGAAAUGGUUGUUAGUACUCUUAGUGCCAUUUGGGCAAACAGUGGAUUUUAAGAGCAUAUAUUUUUACAGGUCAGCAUUUAUUUGUGGGUUUCUGAUGCCUUGUGGGUUUUUUUCUUCCUACAGUGAUCACUGUACACUUGUAUUGUACUAUAAAGGAAGUCUGCAUAUCAUU